UGGCCCGGGGCUGCAGGCUCCACCCCUUUCCCUGCUCCGCCCCGCCCCCGGCCUCUCUCCUCCAGCUCCGCUCCCAGGCGCUCAGCAGCUGGACACCCGCGCUUCGCGGCCAUGGAGAUUCCUGGGAGUCUGUGCAAGAAAGUCAAGCUGAGCAACGACGCGCAGAACUGGGGGAUGCAGAGAGCAACUAAUGUCACCUAUCAAGCCCACCAUGUCAGCAGGAAUAAGAGAGGUCAGGUGGUGGGGACCAGAGGUGGCUUUCGUGGUUGCACAGUUUGGCUGACAGGGUUGUCCGGGGCAGGGAAGACGACCGUGAGCAUGGCUCUGGAGGAGUACCUGGUGUGCCAUGGCAUUCCGUGCUACACUUUGGAUGGCGACAACAUCCGCCAGGGUCUCAAUAAAAACCUCGGCUUCAGCCCCGAGGACAGGGAAGAGAACGUCCGCCGCAUCGCCGAGGUGGCGAAGCUGUUUGCCGACGCCGGCUUGGUGUGCAUCACAAGCUUCAUAUCGCCUUACACGCAGGAUCGCAACAAUGCAAGGCAGAUCCACGAGGGUGCAAGCUUACCCUUCUUCGAAGUUUUCGUUGAUGCUCCGCUGCAUGUGUGUGAGCAGAGGGAUGUCAAAGGACUCUACAAGAAAGCACGAGCAGGAGAAAUUAAAGGCUUCACUGGGAUCGAUUCUGAGUAUGAGAAACCAGAGGCCCCGGAGCUGGUGCUGAAAACGGAUUCCUGUGACGUCAAUGACUGCGUGCAGCAAGUGGUGGAGCUUCUCCAGGAACGGGACAUCGUCCCUGUGGAUGCCUCCUAUGAAGUUAAGGAACUGUACGUGCCAGAGAAUAAGCUUCAUCUGGCAAAAACCGAUGCAGAAACACUACCAGCACUGAAAAUCAACAAAGUGGAUAUGCAGUGGGUGCAGGUUUUGGCAGAAGGUUGGGCAACUCCUCUAAACGGCUUCAUGAGAGAGAGGGAAUACUUGCAGUGCCUUCAUUUUGGUUGUCUUCUGGAUGGAGGUGUCAUCAACUUGUCAGUGCCUAUAGUUCUGACAGCUACACAUGAGGAGAAAGAGAGGCUGGAUGGCUGUACAGCAUUCGCUCUGAUGUAUGAGGGCCGCCGUGUGGCUAUCCUUCGGAAUCCUGAAUUUUUUGAGCACCGGAAAGAGGAGCGUUGUGCCAGGCAGUGGGGAACAACAUGCAAGAACCACCCCUACAUUAAGAUGGUCCUGGAACAAGGAGAUUGGCUGAUUGGAGGAGAUCUUCAGGUUCUUGACCGAAUUUACUGGAACGAUGGUCUUGAUCAGUAUCGUCUUACCCCGACUGAGCUCAAGCAGAAGUUUAAAGAUAUGAAUGCUGAUGCUGUCUUUGCAUUUCAGUUGCGUAACCCAGUGCACAAUGGACAUGCCCUGUUAAUGCAGGACACCCACAAGCAGCUUCUGGAGAGGGGAUACCGACGCCCUGUCCUCCUCCUCCAUCCGCUCGGUGGCUGGACAAAGGAUGAUGAUGUUCCUCUGAUGUGGCGUAUGAAGCAGCAUGCCGCAGUGCUGGAGGAGGGCAUCUUGAAUCCUGAGACGACAGUGGUGGCCAUCUUUCCAUCUCCUAUGAUGUAUGCUGGGCCAACCGAGGUCCAGUGGCAUUGCAGAGCGCGGAUGGUGGCAGGGGCCAAUUUUUAUAUUGUUGGACGAGACCCUGCUGGCAUGCCUCAUCCGGAGACGGGGAAGGACCUCUACGAGCCAACCCACGGUGCCAAAGUGCUGACGAUGGCCCCUGGCCUCAUCACCUUGGAAAUAGUUCCCUUCCGAGUUGCGGCCUACAACAAGGAAAAGAAGCGGAUGGACUACUAUGACUCUGAGCACCAUGAAGACUUCGAAUUUAUUUCAGGAACAAGAAUGCGCAAACUGGCACGAGAGGGUCAGAAGCCUCCCGAGGGCUUUAUGGCGCCCAAGGCCUGGACUGUGUUGGUGGAGUACUAUAAGUCCUUAGAGAAAGCAUAACCCGCUGAGCUGGGCUCUCUGCCUGGGAGGCAUGGCUGAGUAACAGAGGGACCACGCAGUCACUGGCAGCAUUUCUAUGUGGUUGUGUCUGUCAGGACACACUUUCUAAAAACAGGCCACUUCCCUCCAUGUACAUCAGUUUUGGUCUGCCUUUGAGUUCUGCUUUGAACUAAUGUAAUACUGCUCUGGUUUUAAUGUAUCUUUUCCACGUAUUGUUAAUAUUCUUAUAAUACGAUUUUAAAAAUCUCACCUUUUUAUAUUGUAUUUAUGCUUCUGUCUUACAAUUUUCCAAGCUGAUUUAUUAGUUAUAACCAGUAAUACACACAUCAUAUAGCUUUUCAUUCUUUAAGAAAGGGUGGAAAAAAAAUCACUGAACAGAAAAGUUGGCUAGAACUUGUUUGGGGAAUUUACAAACUAUCUGUAGCAAUUAGGUUUUUUUUGUUGUUGUUUUUGUUUUGUUGGUUUUUGUUUUUUUUUUUUUUUUUAAGCAUUAAAAAUGUAAACUGCUCCCUCUCUCCCUCACAACCCUACAUGUUGAGGUAUUCUUGAAAUCUGUGUUAAGUGCUGAAUGAAUGCCUCGAUUCAAUAAAAUUAAUUUUUGGCUUCUUA